AUGAUCGUGUCCAACGCGAGCCUGAGCGGCUGCGCGGGGGUCGACGGCGCUCUGUGUGCCGGCGCCGGGGAAGGGCACCCGGGGGGCGGCUCACACGGGACCACCCUCACCCCGACAGGUAACCUGAUCGUGGCCGUGUGCCUGGGCUUCAUCGGCACUUUCGGACUUUUGAACAACCUGCUGGUGCUCGUGCUCUUCUGCCGCUACAAGAUGCUGCGCUCGCCCAUCAACCUGCUCCUGAUUAACAUUUCCACCAGCGACCUGCUGGUGUGCGUACUGGGGACCCCGUUCAGCUUCGCGGCCAGCACGCAGGGACGCUGGCUCAUUGGAGAAGGGGGAUGCGUGUGGUACGGCUUCGCCAACUCGCUCUUUGGCAUUGUGUCCCUCAUCUCCCUGGCUGUCCUCUCGUAUGAGCGCUACAGCACCAUGAUGGCCCCCACUGAGGCGGACCCCUCCAACUACCGUAAAAUCUCCCUGGGCAUCGCACUGUCUUGGGUCUACUCCCUAAUCUGGACCCUGCCGCCGCUCUUAGGUUGGAGCCACUAUGGCCCUGAAGGUCCUGGGACCACCUGCUCUGUCGACUGGAAGGCCAAGACAGCGAAUAACAUCUCUUACAUCAUCUGCCUGUUUGUCUUCUGCCUCAUCGUGCCCUUCCUGGUGAUCGUGUUCUGUUAUGGGAAGCUACUGUGUGCCAUCAGACAGGUGAGCGGGAUCAAUGCAUCGAUGAGCAGGAAACGUGAGCAGCGCGUGCUGUUCAUGGUGGUUAUUAUGGUAAUCUGCUACCUGUUGUGCUGGCUGCCGUACGGCAUCAUGGCCCUGCUGGCCACCUUCGGACCGCCGGGCCUAGUCACGCCCGAGGCAAGCAUCAUCCCCUCAGUCCUGGCCAAGACGAGCACGGUCAUCAACCCAGUCAUCUAUGUCUUCAUGAACAAACAGUUUUACAGAUGUUUCCAGGCCCUGCUGCGUUGUGAGACUCCUCGACGAGGCUCCAGCUUAAAGAGCUCUUCCAAGGUUGCCACCAAGGCCAUGAGAGGUGUAGCAGUCACUGGCCCCCGCCGUACCAACGACUUCCUAUUUAUGGUAGCAUCCCUGGGUCAACCAGUCACCACAGUGCCCCAACUGGGACCCUUCUUUGAACCAACCAUAGAUGUCACUAAAGCCCCUUCUUCAGACAUCAAACCUGUUGUAGUAUCACUAGUGGCCCACUUUGAUGGCUGA